GGAUGGGCCUAGCAGACAACUCCAGGAAGUACUGGCAUAAUAAACAAAAAAGUCACGUGACCGGAACUAACCCAACAGUUAAAAAUGGCUGCCAGUCGAUUUCAUUAUGAACUCUCUUUAUUGUUUGACACUCCUUUAGAUCGCUCAGCAAUGUAAUAGAUUUAUUAAGGUGGAUGUGUGUGUGUUGUGACAUAUUGUGAAAUAUUUCCCCCCUUCCCAAGUUAUGGAUAUUAUGAAAUUCAGUGGCUGCUGUGUUCUUGUGACAGUGUUGUGCUGUGUGGCGCUGUCCGGCGGUGAGCGUGUGGCUGUCCCUCUGGGCCACAAUGUGACGCUCCAGUGCACGCCCGUGGGGCCCGAGGAGCAGUUUGCCACCUACAUGUGGACGCUCAACUCUGUCUUGCUGGCCUCUAUGGGCAAGGACCGGCUGGUCAACAUUGUGGCCGGCAGCUAUGUGGGCAAGAUGUCUAUGCUUCCUGUUGAUGGGAGUCUCACUGUCCUUGACCUUAGGAUGGAAGACUCUGGAAAUUACACUUGUGGUCUGGUUGUCAUGGUGACCAACGAAACUUCAGGGGAUGUAAGCUUUCCAAAUAUGGAAAAGACUUACGAGGUAGUAGUGCAAGAUGUUCCAAGCUCUCCUAAUGAGCCAGUGCUCAGAGACAUUCAGUCCAGCCAAGUGACUGUGACAUGGAAAGCCAGUCCCAACGACAACAACAGUCCAGUCAAGGCCUACAUUCUUUCAGUGAAACUACAUGGCAGACGCGGACAGUACUUUCUUUAUCAACACUCCGGGAGUGGCCCCAUACAACUUUGUGGCAUCCGGCAUCUCGAGCAGCGCCAUCUUGCUGGAGUGGGAACGGCCACCGGAUGACCUCCUCAAUGGCCAGCUCAUGGGCUACGAAAUCAAUUAUGGGACUGAAGUUCUCAAGACCAUCAACAUUGAGGAUCCCAAUAAAGUUAACACAACCCUGGAAGGCCUGCAUCCAUUCACUAUGUACCGGGUGUUCAUCAAAGCCUACAACAGUGCAGGGCCGGGGCCCGAAGAGGCCCAGAUGGUGCAGACAAAGGAAGGGGUCCCGUCCAAACCCCGCAUCACCCACAUCAGCAACCGGCAGUCGAACUCGUUCUACGUGAACUGGGAGCCCCCUGUGCGACUCAACGGGCAGCUGAUCCGCUACGAGCUGACCUGGAUGCACAACAACACCACCAUGCCCCGCUCCAUCACGGGCCACCUCAUCAAACACAUGACCGCCUUUGUGCAGGGGCUGAAGCCGUACACACUGUACCAUGUCAAGGUGGCUGCGGUGACCAACGGUGGACUGGGGGAGUUCAGUGACCCCUUCCCGGCCCUCACAGAUGUAGCUGCCCCCGGCCCACCCAGAAACUUGAACAUCACUAUGAAGGGCCCACGCAGUGUGCUGAUGACGUGGGAGGUGCCCAAAGUCUUCUACAAGAAUGUGGACAACUACCUCAUCAAGGGCUGGGACAAUAGGGGCCAGGACGUCAAGGUGGAGGUGAUGGGGCAUCUCACAGAGUACAACCUCACUGGGCUGCGGAUGAACACUCGCUAUCACCUGAAGGUCGCAGCAGUCACCAAUGCUUUAUUUAGCAGCAACAAGUGGGUAGGAGACUUUACAAAAGUUCAGAAGUUCGACAUUGGAGAGAAUGUGAUUGAUGGAGGCAAUGUGAUAUGGGACAGAGACUAUGGUAAUUCACACAAAGAUUAUGAGGGUAAGCAGUAUCCAGACAUCCCUGUGGAGGACUUUUUGGGCCAUGUGAACCAGAUGCACACUGACAGUGACAUUGCCUUUGCUCAAGAGUUUGAUGAGAUCAACCGGGCCUCAUGCAGUGACAAGUACCCUUGUGACCACUCCAACCACUCGGAAAACAGAAACAAGAACAGAUAUGUCAACAUUGUGGCCUAUGACCACUCGAGAGUGGUGUUGCUCAAGGCAGAGAUGGGCAGAUUGCGGCAAUCAGACUAUAUCAAUGCCAACUAUGUGGAUGGCUACAAGAAACCCAAAGCUUACAUAGCCACCCAGGGCCCUCUGCCGCAGACCUUCCCAGACUUCUGGCGCAUGGUGUGGGAGCAGAACACCAGCGUCAUCGUCAUGAUCACAAACCUCAUGGAGAAAGAACGGAGAAAAUGUGACCAGUACUGGCCCAGCGACGGCGUGGAGACGUACGGCAGCAUGCAGGUGAAGCUGAUCACCACGGUACCCCGUGCUCACUAUACUGUCCGCGUCUUCUCGCUCAGGAACAUGAAGGUAAAAAAGCGCCACUCCAUGAAGGCCUCGGCGGAGCGCACUGUGUACCAUUACCACUACACAGAGUGGCCAGACCACGGCGUGCCCGACUACUCCCUCCCUGUGCUCUCCUUUGUGCAGAAGUCUGCUGCCCAGAGUGGCCCCGAGCAUGGACCUAUCAUAGUUCACUGCAGUGCGGGGGUGGGCCGGACAGGCACGUACAUCCUCAUCGACAGCAUGAUGGCUCAGAUCCAGGACAAGAAGAGCAUCAACAUUCCAGGCUUCACCCAGCACAUCCGACGGCAGAGGAACUUCCUGGUACAGACAGAGGAUCAGUACAUCUUCAUCCAUUCUGUGCUGGUGGAGUACUUGCUGGGGGGCGGGUCCACCGAGGUGCGUGACGAGGCCCUGAUGGAUCACAUGGACCAGCUACAGCGACCCUCCAAGAGCCUCCUGCUGCCCUCGCUCACCACCUCCAGCCUGCUGGAGAGGCAGUAUCAGCUCGUCACGGAGUACACCCCCAGCGAGCAGGACAUGGCGGCCGCCCUGAAGCCCUUCAACCAGGAGAAGAACAGGCUGGGCAGCAUCCUGCCCGUCAACUUGAAGAGGGUCCUUCUGCCGGCGCGGCCUGGGGUGGAGGGUUCCAACUAUAUCAAUGCUACAUAUUUGCAGGGCUACCGCAAGUCUGCCGAGUUCCUGGUGACGCAACAUCCAACAGUGGACACCAUGGAGGACUUUUGGCGCAUGGUCUGGGACAAGAACUCGCCCGUCAUCGUGGUGCUCUCUGAGUUUGAUGAUAUUGAGUACAAGGAGUUCUGGCCCCCCAAGGGCAGCAGUAUAGAAGUGGACGCAGGGAACUUUCGCCUGACCAUGAAGGAAGAGCCCGUUGCUAAUGAGGGGCAAGGGUUCGUUACCUAUGAGUUCAUCCUGGAUUCCAUUCAGUAUGACUACACGCUGAUGACGCGCAUCAUCUGUGUCAGCGGCUGGCCUAGCAUGUGGGAGGGCCACAGUGUGUUCAGCCCCAUCUGCCACGCCUUCGACUUCCUCAACUCACUAGAGUGUGGGCCCAUCGUGGUCAUGGACAGGUUUGGCGGUGUGGAGGCCGGUCAGUUCUGUGCGCUGUGGACUCUCCGUGACCAAGUGUUGUCGGAGAAGUGUGCCGAUUUCUAUCAGGUGGCCAAGCUGUAUCACUACAAGCGGCCGGGGAUUAUUGGGAAACAGGAGGACUACCAGUUUCUGCACCGUGCCAUGGCUGCUUUCUACAAGCACUGUCGGGAGGAGCAUGCCGCCAAUGGUAGCUCCUCCCCACGACAUCACCAUAUAGACAUUUUCCACCACAACUCGGCCCGCAAGAAUGGCACCCUCCCUCGCAGCAAUGCCAACAACAAUGCAGCGCCAGCGCCCGUGAGCAACAGUACCCCCAGCAACAUCACCGAUGCGGCCGUCCCUCGGGCAGGCACAAGGAUCGGACGUAGCAGCAGUGGUGACAGUGUUGCCAACAGCAACGGUAACAACAAUCCUAGUACCCCGACCAAUGAAGAGGCAAAGAAAACAGAAACCAACAUCUAGACUUUUAUGAAGCUGAGUAGUUAAAGAACUGAAUCGGAAAAGAAUACCUUUAGUUCUUCUGUAGAUGAACUGGGUACAUGGAAAAGUGAAUGUCAAUAUAAUUCACAAACUGUAUAAAGGAGGAAAAUCUUUUGUUCUACAAUAGAUGUAUUGGUCUAUGGAAAAGUGAAAGUGAAGCUUAAUAAUGAUCUGCCAUCUUUUUGAUGGAUCAUGUGAGAUUUGUUGGGGGCUCCACUGCAUGGUUCUGUCUGUAACCUUAAUGUGAAAAUGAGCUGAGAUGAUAAGGUACAGAAAGCAUUUCUUUAUUUUACAGUGCAUCUUGAUUUUCAUAGAGAGAGUUUUGUUGUCAACUUGGAUAUGCAUCGUAAGAUUUUCACUGAUUUACGAGUCGUUGAUGGAGGCCCUGGUGUAGUCCGCUUCUAUUUUUAUUACCAGUGUUUCCAUUCUCGUGAUCCGUUUCUUGCAAACAUAGGAUUUUUUCGCUCUGACUCUAUGUAAUCUACAGCUUGGUUCUCUCUCGAUUCGCACUCACGGUUAAGUGAGUGAUGGCAGUAUGUGCAUCCGUGGCAGCAAAUGCUUCUGUCCGUAAGAGGACAUGCGUGAUAAGUGAAGUGGUUCUGGGCCAUGGAGUCAAUGGGGUGCUCGAGACUAUCAAUUAUUUCGUUGGCUUUCUUUGUGAGGGUCUUGAGUUUAUAGACACUGUGGCUCAUGGUUUUCUUCUGUGACCAGUACUGCUGGAUGUGGAGCAUGAAAUUAGCUAAAUGAUUAUGAUAAUAAUAAUACAUGGCAUUUAUACAGCACAUUUCCAUAAUUUACUAUCCUGAAUGUGCUUUACAAGACAUUAUUAGUAGCUUACAGAUGUAUUAAGAUACAUUCAUGUACAAGGGCACACAAAAUGACACAUACGGAUUUACGUAUAAAUGCAUGUAUUCAGGAAUAUAGGCAGUGAUGGAUAAGUAUAGAAACAAUUUAUGUAAAUAAGUUUAAGAAAAAUGGACCAGAUGAAAAUGCUGCGAACAACUGAAUUGUUACAACGUAAUAUCUCAGUCUACUACACAGAAGCUUUUUAAAGAUAUAUGGUACUAGAAGUAUUCAAAGGCAUCUUGGUGGUCUAGCAGCCUCUCCCUCUCACUGGUUUUUACCGCUUCCUUUCUUUUUAAGUCAGGUAGCAUGUUUUGGGAAAACUUGGAGGCAUUGCAAAAGAUUCUUUUGUUGAAGUCUAGCAAGUAAAGAAUUGCAGAAAUCUAAUCUUGACAAUACAAGUGAUAUUGCUAGUAUUCUGGUUAUAUUUUUGUGAAGGUACUUUCUUAUGCUUCCUAUUUUCCUGAGCUGGUUGUAAAUUCAUUUGCAAAGCUCUCUUUCAUAGAAAGACACGGACAGAUUGUGGUCAAGAACUAUGCCAAGGAUUUUUACUUUGUUGCUGUCACUUAUUCCAUGACCAUUGAUGUCAUACCAUACUGUUGUAUGGUGUGGAUGACAGGACCCAGGUUUGAAUCCUCGGUGAGGCAGACAUCCUUGAAUUUGGUUUGUUUGGGGUUUUCAAAGCAGUCCACCUACCUGGAUAAGUCCAUUUGGAGAUGAACAUUGAAUUUGGUAUUUAUGCCCUUUUAAUAACCUUACAGUGUUGAAAGGUGUCAAGCUCUUUCAAUUUUUUAUUACUGCUAUAAUUUGUGGUGUAGUGAGUAUACUGGCAGUGAGCCUGAUAAAGUAAUAAAGCACGCAUGGUUGGCUGGAUAGCUAUAUAAAGUUCUGAUUGUUGGAAUAAAACACAUAGGUGGGCCAGAUUGUGUGCGGAGUGGGUUUGAUAGAUGCCAUGAAGAACUUCAACUUAAAAAAAAUAUCCAUUUAAAACAGCCUAGCCAUAUGAUGCCAAAUCCAUGAGGACCAGGCAAAAUGCCUUCCCUGGUCAGUUACUGACCCCUGCUUUUGAGCCUCACUACAUUGUCAGCAAAUAUAUGUAUAUAUUCGUAUGUGUGAGCUGUACUACAGAAUAUGAUAUUUUUCCUAUUCGUUUUUAACAAACACUUUGAAUGUACAGUGUGCUUUGGUGUAUGAGAAUUUUUAUAUAAAGCACUUAUAUAUGAGUUUUUUAUACUUCUAGUAUCAUUUUCCUUUUGUUUGAGGAUUUUUUGUACUAGGCACCCCUGUGAGUUUUGUACAAUUAUGGUGUCUGCGAUGUGUGGAAGUCUUUGUAUCAAAAACUUCUGUGUGAGCUUUGAUCUAUUCUGAUAUCUGUUGGAGGAGAUAUGCCAAUUAUUUGCCGUGAAAAUGGUAGUUGCUAUGGUGCUGACAAGUAUAUUUGAUGAAAUUAAACUUCUGCUGCAAUCAGAUUGGAUCAGUGCUUCCUGACCUUUGUCUGUCAUUUGCUUCAGCAUUGCGGCAAAACUUCAUCCAAGCAGAUUCAAUUUUGUUUUGUUUUCAGUCAGUCUCCCCCUGCAGUUGAGUUCACUCACCUCUCAAGUAACUUUGGUUCCUUAUGGAUUUUUGCUUCUCGCUGUAAUUUUCAAGCUUAGUCAGUUUUUCUGCUGUAUAAGCACCUAGGUUAUAUUAUAUUUUUAGAAAAAUUAUAGUAGAGGGUUUUUACGGCGCUCGCAACUGCAUAAGAUCAUAUGAGCGCCAUAAGUUGUGUUGCUAGACACAUCCUUUUUUAUAGAGCUACAGCUGGUAAGCUGCUUAAGGUUCAGUUCACCAUCCAUUUGAAUGCUAAAAAUAACUUUAAGGAAUUUCAUUGAGCUUCAUUGUUACCAGCCUCUUUGCCCUUAGCCUGUUCCUUGAUCUCUGGGUUUUAAAAGCUCAUGGACAUAAUUAUGAAAUAGUUCAACUCACUUUUGCUGUAACAAAGUGCAUGAGUGAAGAAUCUGUGUCCAGGUUUUUUUGUUUUCACUUGAGUUUUAGUGGUAGCACUUUGAUAGUUUCCCUUCACAGCCAGAGUGUGGCAUGAUGUGGGAUUUUGUGAGGGGCCUUUCCAUGAUUUUGUUGAUGUGAAAUCUGGUAGGUUUGUUUGUUUUUUCUUCUUUUCGAGAUAUAACGGUUUUGUGUGACCUAUAGAUUUUCCUUGGUACAGUAUUAGUGAGCUAUUUUGUGCAGCUGAUAAAAGUUUUCCUUGACAUUUCUAUAGGAUAGGGGUAAACUGUUUUGUUACAGUCGUGUGUAGUUUAUGCUCUUUUGCUAUCACUUAAGCCCUUCUGUAUUGCAGGUUUGCUUGUUUUCUUCUCGUGUAUUUGGGUAGUUUAGAUUUUGGAGGUUUUAAAAAAAAUAUUUAAUGAUUCAACCCAUACACCUCAUGCCAGGUAACUCAAAAAUGUGUUUUUAAAUGUUGAAUCUAAUGGCGUCCUUUUGAUUCCUGGCCCCAUGAACUGACAGGCCCUGGCACUUGAGCUACUGUGGGUCGACUGCUAUGUUCUCACCCACUGAGGGUUUCACUCAGUGCACAGAAGGGGCCAUUGGGUUAAGUUAAUGGGAUAAUGAGAAUGUGAGACUGCUAUUGCGUUCAGUGCUGGCCCUAGAAUAUGACUUGACUUGUUGACUCACCUCUGUGUGAAGUAGCUGUCUCUGACUGGACUCUGUGCCACAGGGCUAAGCGGCGCAGAGAAGCUCUGAAAUGUUGAAGGAUUCCAAUCUCAGAUUCCACUGGAACAAUUUGCGCUGAGGAAUUUUCCAUUCCAAAAAUGUAAAUGUAAAGAUGCCCAUAGUUCUUUUGUGUGUGUGCACGCACGCGUUAGUCGGAGAAGGAAGAUUGAAGUGAGAGGGGCGUAAUGCGACUCGUGGAUGGAACAAAUUUAUUUUCAGUCCAGAUGGUGGCACUUUGCUGACCUUGGAGGGAAUCUUGUUUCAGGAGCAGAAACUGUGCCAUGUUAUGGGGUGUGUUGAGUUGUUGUAGUUGUUAUGCCAGCAUCGAAAUCAAGGACUUUGUGUAUAGUUUAUAUGGCUGAAAGAGAAUUUAUUACUUCUCGCAGGUACAUUGUCGGUUUAUGAAGCACAACAUAGGUGGGGAAGUUCCUUGCUUUGAAUCCUGCUGUGUUGUGCGUAUUUAUGUCAUUAUAUUAUGUCUUGACAAAAGAGCUGCUUGUUUUAUAUAUCUGUAACACAGAAAACCAUAUUUUGAUGCAAUGCUAAUAUUUAUAAAUGUACAGAUGACACUGUAAAGGACUCUUUUCGAAGAUGACUCAUUUUUGUUGUUGUUGUGUAUAUUGUAUUAUGAUUUGAGAUAAUUUUUAUACAGAUGUGUUUGUAUGAGUUCCAGGGCUUGUGUUGUGAUUGUAGGAUGGUAUAUUUUUCUAAGCUUGUAGUUAUGGAUCUGGCUUUUCUUUUCAAUUAUUUGCUAUAUGUCCGGUGUUUCUCUCCUGAGGCAUUCUACAACUGUUUCUGGAACACAAUGUGUCCUCAUCUUUGCAUUCUCUUGUGGUCAUGAGGGGAGAACAAAGGUUAGAGACUGGAGAAUGGUUAGUGUGUACAACUGAUUUUAGUUUUAUAAUGUGUACUCUGGUUCUUGGUUUUAUAGUGUGUAAUCGAUUUCUUGGCUUAGUUUAACUGAGUUUCGACGUGCCUAAUGUUAUUUUGUUGUUAUUCUGUGUGAAGCAUUAUAUAUACCCUUUAGUAAUUAUAGAUAAGUACCGCUUUUGUGUGUUCAUGUGCCCAAUAGCUACAAUGAUACACACCAGAGGGAUGUUGGGGACUGCGAAAUAAAAUAUUAAAGUUGUUUUCUUUUUAAAAAUCAACAGGGAUUAAAAAGAGAAUUGGGCAAAUUGUAUGAAACAAUGUUUCUCUUUCUGACAUUCAUGUUCUUUCAGUCUUGAGUAAUCUUUAUUUGUCUAUUUUUCAUGUAAAAGGAGAUUCUUUUUUGUAGGCUUGCUGCUGCUUUCUUCUUUUUGUUCUACUAUUUGUUGGCUGCUCCGACUUUGGUGUGUUCAUUUAUUCAAAGUAAUGCGAUGUGGCUAAUUUUAUUCAUUGAGUUGGAAGGCCAUUUGCUGUCAAUAUUGCUUUUGAAUUGUCUCCAAUGUAAGGUCUGCAUUUUAGAGAAAGUAGUUGAAACACGGGGUGACUCUUUGUCCUCUAAAAUGAGUUUGAGUGAUGGAGACAUUUUUUCUACUGCAUAAGAUUUUUUUUUUUUAAAUCAAGUAAGCAGUCUUUGCUGUGCCAACAUGUAUUUGGUCUUUGUUAAUUGUAAAACUUAAAACACGAAGAGAACUUCAUGACAUGAAUUUUUCGACAGAGAUAGAGGAGAAAGCGGCUAGACUAAAAGCUGGUUUAUGUAUAGGGAUUGGGAAUAAAGUGUGUGACAUGCGGUCUGCAUAGUGAAAACAUAGCCUGGUCUGAACUAUUUACAGUAUUAUUUGCACUGCCAAACCUAGACUCCACGCUUUUUGAUGUAUGCGCUUUUGGUUGUGGUUUUUAUAGGUGUAAUAGUGGGAGAGAGUCUGAACUUGUGCUGGGCUGGUCAGAAGUCACGGCCAGGUCUUUAUGUCAUCCUUGUAUGUUCUUGAAGAAUCUUAAAGAAUGGUAGGAAAAAAAUAUACGGAGGUGUGGAUAAAGUUUGGACAUCUUUUUGAACGGUAUUUUAGGAAAGUAGCUCAAGGUUUUGCUCGUUCAUGCUUCAACAUGAACAUUUCUACUAGAAAAAACAACAUUAUAGUUACACAUGUACAAAAGUGUUCACUUAUUUAAUGGGGCUUUAAGUAGUGAUCAGAUCUUUUGUGUCCUAGGUUCACUUUAGUUUUCCAUAUAUGAAAAGAAGUGUUGUCUCAGAGGUUAGUGUGGUUCAGGCCCGAGGAAGACCUAGAACAACAUAACAUGUCCAUCACAGACGCUACACACCUAACACAGGACCGAAACCUGCACCUCCCUCAACACCGUAAGGAUACCAGAGGAAGGAAAAAAGUAAAAGUAAGAAAAGUUUGGUUCAGAGGGUUACAGGUGUGGAUCUACAGGCAUCUGUGGUGUAGCUGGUAAAUUCACUAGAAAAUGCUGAAAAUCUUAAUUUGACACCUGCGAGGGAAACAUUUUUUAUCACCCAGCCUUGAUGAGCCCUGAGGGGCAGGGUGGACAUUAGAUUUCAAGAUCAAGAAUUUCGUUGUUGUUUCCUUUCAGGCAUAGAUCUGUUGGUAAAAUUGAUCUUUUGAUAAUUGGCUUGGUCAUGGGUUUUUUGACUCUCCCUGUACGAGGAAAUGUAAGGUCUCAGGCACGAAUGUUUUGUGUACCUUGUUUAGGGAAGGGUUGGAAAGUUCGACAGUUGCAUUACUUCUUUUUCUGUGUCUCUUUGUGACUUUGGUCUGUUGUAUCUGGGUUUUUUGGGGUUAUUUUUUCAUAACACUGUAAUAUGAUUGAUCUAUUCAUCUGUUUCUCUGUAAUUUUAUGAUUUAGGGAACAGGAAUCCUGCUAGAUCCCUGCUUUGGAUGUGUGAAUCUAUGAACCCACAGCUGUGAGAUUUGUUUGUGUGAUAAUUAAAUCAUUCUAGUCUGAAAGGUCAGAGGUUGUGUCAGAAAUGUUUAUAUUGGAAGGCAGACAUGAGUGAAAGCGAGCGAUGCUCACCCCUAUAUAAGAAUUAGACUGCUAAAAUAUGUGAGAGAUGGUGGGAAUUAUUACUGCUAUCAUGUAUGACAAUUCAUCUCAUUUAAUCAAAACUCAAAUUGUAUUUUGGUGUGUGCAGCCCAAGGCACUUUAGCAACAUUUUUUUGUCUUUUUCUUUGCUUUAGGGCUGCUGAUGCUGUAUGUGUGUGUGUGUGCGCGCGCUUGUGUGUGUGUGUGUGUGUGUCUCUGUGUUUGUGUGUGUGAAUAUUGUCGCCUCAGAAUUAUUUUGUUAAAGGUGCCUCUCUGAUUUAAGUACACUUUGGACCAAAUAAUUCUGAAGCGACGAUAUGAUUAGAGAGAAUGGAGUGAUAAUUAUGUGGGGUUAUUUACAAGUACUGUAGUGUAGGCCUUUCCACCAGGUAUGGAAAUGGGUGGGUGGGUGGGGGAGGGGGGGGGUAUGAUAUCAGUGACCUCCCCACUCUCAUGUUUUAAGAAGCACAAAUCCUUCUGUUGGUGUUAAUUUUCUGUAGAUAUACACAAGCAGGCAAGGUACUUAUAUAACUCUAAUUCUUUCUAAUGGGACUACUCUAUUACUUUGCCUUUCUGUAUGUAUUGUAGUUUUUUUGUUUAUUGUUGCGAGUUGGGGAGCACAUAAGGUAAGAUGAUUCCUGGGUCAAGAAAGUAACAUGACUUACAGGAGAAGCUGCUUCGCCUCUGUACCUCUGUGCUGUUUUCACACAAAGCUGCAAUUCUUAAAAGAAGAUAAGAUUUCAAUUAAAUUGUUUUGGGUUUUUUAAAAUGUGGAAUUGUGUAAUACCCAAGACUGAAUUUUGGGAGGGUCGAGUGCAUCAUGUGCAUUUCGAUUGCUCUAUAUAAGACUCUGACAUGCUUCAUUUUUCUGAAUAGGGUUUGGCGAAGUCUAACACUGUGCAGUUGAUUUUCAGUUGGAGGAUGUGUGUGUGAAUGAGAACGUUGCUACUGCUUGCUGUGACGUACCUCGAGAAUAAAACCAUGUAUACAUCUGUGUAGUCCUCGCUCAUGGUGGUGACCCUAGCUGCUCUUGCUCAUCUACUACAAAGCUACUCCUCACGCUGACUUUUUGUUGUUUUAUAUACAUAUACACACGUAUAUCAUUGAUAUAUACUGUAAUAUUAUGCAUAUAUGUCAUACACCAGUCACAUAAAUACAUUUAUAUAUAUUGACAUAAUAUUGCUAUGACAUUGCAUUGCUGCUUGCCUGUAUUAUUUGUAAGUUUUACAAUUUUUAUGAAUAUUUUUGUACAAGUGCGUAGGUCUUCGUUCUCUACCAUUAUUUGUAAAUCCAUUUAAUGCUGUCGUGCGUCUAUUUUUGACUCAUUGUUCUCAUCGUUCUUUUCAACUUGCCUGAUCCUGGAUUCAAGCACGCAUCUCUUCUUUCUCCACCCACCUUUCCUUUCCCCCACUUUAAAAAAAAAAAAA